AAAAAGACUUUUAUUGGAAGUGUGUUAUAAAUUAGUUUGUUAUCGUUAAUACAUAUGUGCUAAGUUUGUGUGUGAUUAAUAAAAUUAUACCAAUUAAAAACCAAUCAAGAGAUCGGAUUAAAUAUGUGGAAGACGACGAGGAAUAUGGGAAGAUCAAUGAUGCUGCAAACGAUUCCACUUUCCUUCUGUUAUCUCCGGGGAUCAAAGUCUAUCUGUACGGCAGAGGGCGUCUCUCCCGCCGUGGUUGUGGAUAAUGACGGCCAUCAUGGCUCCCACUUAAACAUAAGCGAUGUCUUUGAGGUGAUAUCGCACGACUACCCCACGAUCGGCGCGGGCGCGGCCCCCGAGGACAUGUCGCGCCCGCCCGGGCCCCACACGGGGCCCUACACUCGGAUCACCGAGCAACCCGCGGGGAAAGCGCUCAGGUUUCGUUACGAAUGCGAGGGUCGGUCAGCGGGUUCGAUUCCCGGCGUGAACAGCACGCCGGAGAACCGCACGUACCCCACCAUCAUGAUCUGCGGUUACAAGGGCCGCGUCGUCGUGGUGGUGUCUUGUGUCACCAAGGAUGAACCUUUCAAGCCCCACCCCCACAACCUGGUCGGCCGGGAGUGCCAGCGCGGCGUGUGCACGGUCCGGGAGACCAUCACCGAUGAGAACUGCCGCGUGGCCUUCAAGAACCUCGGCAUACAGUGCGUGAAGCGCCGCGACAUAGCUGAGGCGUUGAGAGUCCGGGAGGAGUUGAGAGUGGAUCCCUUCAAAACGCGGUACCAUCACAAGAACCAGCCACAGAGCAUAGACCUGAACGCUGUACGGCUCUGCUUCCAAGUGUUCAUGACGGACGAAGCCGGCAAAGUGAAGCACUCCCUCACGCCCGUGGUCUCCGACAUCAUUUACGACAAGAAGGCCAUGAGCGACCUCCAGAUAGCGCAGAUCAGCCAUUGUUCUGGGCCGGCCAAAGGUGGCACCAGGGUUAUACUGCUUUGUGAGAAGGUGAACCGCGAGGACACGGCCGUGGUGUUCUUCCAGGAGGAGAGCGGGCAGCUGGUGUGGGAGGAGCGCGCGCACAUCGAGGCCGUGCACAAGCAGGUGGCCAUCGUGUUCACCACGCCGCGCUACUUCCGCCCCACGCAGCACCAUGUCACUGUACAGCUCCACCUCCAGCGGCUGACGGAUAAAGCGUGCAGCGCGCCGGUCAACUUCGAGUACAUCCCGGAGCAGUUCUGCCCGCCAGAUGCCGGUUAUAUUGAGGGUAUCAAACGGAAAAGACCUCCGUCUGUCUUACAGGAGUACGACCAUGACAGAGGUUUCGCCGAUCCGAAAAUCAAAUCGGAACCUCGAGAUAAGCUGUCACCUCGUCCUAUCAACCAGUUCAACGAACAGUGGCAAUAUGAGAACGUGGCCGGCCCGUCCGUCCAGCGGUUCACGCCGCCGCAGCAGUGGGCGUGGCAGAGCCCGCCGUACCAGCAGAUGACUCUGUCGCCCCCGCACGACGUCAAUGUCAUGCACAUGCCCGGCUCUAGUUUACAGGUACCAUCGCUAAGCCCCAACAUACAACAGUUGGACCAAUCGAUGUCCCCAACCCCGUCACAUAUGGGUCAUUCCCCCGUCAUGGGGCACGUUUCACCCGCCAUGGGGCACGUCUCACCGGCGAUGGGGCACGUUUCGCCCGGCCUCGCGCAAAUGUCCCCGAUGCAAGCGGGUCAGGUUUCGCCGAGAAUGGCCGGGCAAAUGUCGCCCAUUUCCCCGGCCAUGGGGCAAUUGUCGCCGAUGUCGGUGCAGCCGAUACCGGUACCGGUACCGCAGCAGUUUGCCCCGAUGCCGCCCACCAUGAUGGAGACGGGCGUGGACAGCACGCCGUCGUUCACGAGCCUGCUGCAGGAGAACGCGGGCGCGGCGGCCGCCGUGGACUCCGCGGACUUGUCCAUCAUAUCGUCCAUGUUCGCGGACCGCGCGCCGGACUUAUCCGACAGCCUCAACCGGCUGUCCACCAGUGAUCUGCUGCAACCUUAGUGACCAGUGAUUUGUGACAGUGUUGGAUAAUACAUGUUGGCAUCUCAACAGCGGUGAUAGUGUUUGAGUUGAGAGUGAUAAAAAGUGUUAGUUGAAGAAAUGUGAGCGGUCGAGUCGUUGGAGAUGUGUAUCAGCACUUUUGGUAUCUCGUUGAUGUGAUGUGAGUAGUCAAGUCGGUGUAAAAUUUAUCAGACUUCAAACUUUUGAUAUUUCAAUAAAUUGCAGGGUCUUUGCAUAUGUUAACAAAACAUAUGCUUAUCUCUCUUCCUAUCUUUUUAGGAUAACUUAAGCUAGAGGGAAAGUAAGACAGUUAUUCUUUUUCUUUAUUAUGACUGUUUUUAUAAUACACAAUUUCAAAGCCUUUUAGGGCCGAAUUUCACAAAAGUGAAAAAGUUAAUGAAAUACAGACCUCAUUCUUAGACGAAGAUCUAUUGCGAAAAGUUAAAUUGAAAUUGUAAAAAACUGAAAUGAAUGCGGUCGUAGAACCAGAAUCUAUUUAAAAAACGCGGUAGGAAUUAUUAAAUAAAUAAAAAUUAUUAUUGUACAUGUACAUUUCAUCACAGCUAGGGUCUCUAUGGGGUAGGCACAGAGUAAAAUUUUAUGUACAUAACAAAUCAUAAACAUAAAAUAAAGGAACAAUAAUAGAAAGAACAAAAAAUCACUAUGCCUUCCACUGACUGAUAUUUUACAAAUUUUUUGCUUCCUCUACUCUCAGCAAUCACUCUUCAUACUCGAAGAUUAUUUUAAUAAAAUAAUAUUAGGAGUAGUAGAGCAAGUUCAUAUUUUUUCUACAGUGCAUUUAAAUAUUGUUUAUUCAGUAUUUGCAUGGGUAUAAUAAGUGAUAAUAAAUGUUAAACCUUUUUAGAUGUUGUUUUGUACAGUAAAUAUUUAAUAUGAUACAUCACAUUUUUUAAUGAGUUGAAUUAUAGAUAAAUAAAUUUUAUGUGAGACAAUUACUUACGAUUUAUCACCGUUAUAAAAAGUUGAACUUUUUUCGCUCCAGUAUUUUUUCCAUGACGCCAUUAUUUGGAUUAACAAUAUAAAUUUCUUACAAUAAUAUGAAAUGCGUCAUUAUUUGCAAAAAGAACUUUAUCUUCAAAGAAUUUGCAAUCACAAAAUUACUUCUGGCGAAUGUUUUGCUGAUUUAUAUGAUCCCUUCUUUUCCUUCCGUAUUCUUAUUCAUACAUUUGCUUUCUAUUUUUUCAAAUUGUGUUGUAAAAUUGGCGCCCAACGUGGCGCCAUCGAUAUGUCAUAUAGUUGUUAAUAAAAUAAGUUUGGUGGCAUUAUAUUAAUAUAAUUUAAUUAUUUUAUUGAAACUACACAUUCCAUGAUGCACUAUGCAUUUGUAUUAAUUUUUUGAAAUUAUUUUUACAGUAUAUUUAAAGAGCAUUGACUGGUGAUAAUUUUGUGUGAAGUCCUAUUUUUUAUGACUAUUUUUUUAAUUUUGUUUUAGUUAUUGAAAUUUGACUUUUAUUGGUGCUUGCAUCUACAGUACAUUUUUGAAUAUGUAUCAUAUGAAUUUUUGUAAAUAUUUUUCUUUAUGGCAAAGAAAAUAUAAGUUUUAUUACUGAAUUAAUUAUUACCAUAUAUCACAAUUUUGUUACCAAUACACAUUUAUAUGUAUUGUUAUAAGAGAUUACUUUUUGAUAUUAAAAUGUAACAAUACCCUCUCUAUGAAAGUAAAGAGGACUAUUGUUUACUGAGUGUUGCGAACUGAGUAGCUUCGAUUUUAUUGUUUGUAAAUAUGAAUGUUCAUGUUUUAGAAUUAAAUCUUAAUUAAAUAUAUAUAAAAAUCCUGGAAAUACUGUGUAAUCAUAAGAUUGAGUACUUCCUCGCAUUAUUGCAUUCCUAGAUGGCUUAGAGUUUGAAGCACACUAAAGACAGCGAGUGUUCAGGAGAUAGCCGUGCCACAGACCUCACCUUGGCUUGAUUUUAGUUGGCUGAUACCAAUAUUAGAAUUAAUAUCCUUUCAUUAAACUUGCACUUGACAAUUUAUAGAGCACCUUUAAUUUAAUCACCCAAUUCUGUACAUCCUCGUUCUUUUCUAGUGUUUUAUUAUGUGUUUUCAACUAACGAAAAUAGAAUAUACUGCAUCGGUACAGUCUGUCUGCCCAGAAUAGUUUAGAUUAUGAGAUAUAGAUUCGUUUCCAUUUUCUUAUUUUAUGUUCAUAAUCCUGGAGAAGUAAUACAUGUACGUACUUUGAUAAAUAACUUAUAAAGUGUUUAAUUUGAUAAAAGUUAUUUUUUUCAUUGAUGCCCCAUAUACAUGCAUUCAUAUAUAUAUAAUCACGUCUAUAUCCCUUGCGGGGCUGACAGAGCUAACAGUCUCGAAAAGAUUGACAAGCCAUUUUCAGCUCUAUAGCUUUAUAAUGGAAUUGGGAUUCCAAUAGUGACAGGGUCCUAGCCCAUUGUAGACCACAAGAGGAAUCCCAAGUUUAUAAGCUUAUCCCUUAGUCACCUUAUGAAAUCGAAAGGUGGAUUGUGACAUUUUAUUAUCGAGUUCAAUGAUACUUUUUUAUAUUAAUUGUGUGAUAAUGAUUUUUCCUUCUGUUAAUGUUCUAAUUUCCUAAAUAAUUUUCUGUUUGUCUCAUUUUUUGUGGUAAAUUCAAUUUCAACUAUUAAUUAUUUUAUGAAACACUUGUAAAUUUUAAAUAAGGACAUGAUAACGCAGGAUAUUUUUGUUGUAAGUUUCGAAAAUGGAGAUUUUUAAGACCAUUGAUAAUUGUAAAUUUCGUCGAAAGAAAAUAACGGUUAGUUUGUAAAUUAAGCUUUAGAGAUGUGCAAUCGUGCAAUAAACCGUGUGGAAUGUUAUAUUUUUUAUGACCAUAUGAAGAAAUAAAAGAUUUUAAUUAUG